AUCACCUGGUGUUGCACAUGACGUCCGAAUCUCUUGCAACGUUCGUCUCUUCGCAGCCUUCUGAAGAAAUGCCCGAAUAUUUGUCUUAUGCAACGAAUUCUACCUACUCCUUGGAACAAAUAUCCUGCGUGUGUGACGUACUCCUUGAAUCAGGAGAAAUUCAACAGCUGAAAAACUUUCUUUGCUCCCAACGUUUGAACGAAUCAUCCAACAAGACAUGCAAUCAGUCGAUCCUUAGAGCGCAGGCUGCAGUAGCCUACCAUCUAGGAAACUACAAGGAAUUGUAUUCUAUCCUAGAAAACAAUACCUUCGAUCCUAGGUACCACAAGAAGCUCCAGGAUUGGUGGCACGAGGCUCAUUAUCACGAGGCAGAGUACAUAAAAGGUAAAUCCUUAGGAGCAGUCGAUAAGUACCGUGUAAGGAGGAAGUUUCCUUUUCCUAGGACUAUUUGGGACGGGGACGAAAUUAAUUAUUGUUUUAAGGAGAAGUCUAGGAAGAUCCUGAAAGAAUAUUAUCGUCAAAAUCAUUAUCCCAAUCUUAACGAGAAGAGUGUUUUGUCAGAAAAAACUGGAUUAACACUAACUCAGGUCAGCAAUUGGUUCAAGAAUAGAAGGCAGAGAGAUCGCACCACUAAGAUCAAUUCAAAAAUUAAAAAUUCCAACGAAAAUAUCAGAGAAAAUCAUCCAAAUUGCUCCAGAAGGGACGUGCCAUUAUCAUCCGUUCAAUUUAAAAUGAAUCAAACUUAUCAUCAUCCACCUCAAAUGCCUUACAACGACUGCAUAUCUACUUAUUGCGCCUAUCCGAUUCAUCAUCCUGCAUGAAGAUCAUCACCAUCGUCCUCAUCAUCCUCUUUCACGUAUUUAUCCGCAUCUCUUCCGGGUGUUUUCUGUAACUACUUACGAAAAUUCCUUCCAUAGAGUUAUUGAUCUUGUAUUUUUUAAUAAUAAUAAUAAUAAAACAAUAUUUUGCAAUACAAUUGAAAAAUAUUUUCCUGUGUAUUUUCAAUAGAAUCAAUAAAAGUUUUGUGUAUGUUUAAAGGUGUUUUAUGCUCCUUUACUUGUUAAACGAAACAUAUAUAAGGGUUUUUUCUAGUGUUAAUUUAUAUACACGCGUAGUUUCUUUACAUCCUUGUAACAAGUGAUUUCAGGUCUGUAGGCCUUAUAAUAGGGCCCACAAAUACAAACCUAUAAGGCCUUAUAGGGUAAAUUUCCCAAAACAAAAAUCGCU